UAGUCUCAUUUCAAUUCACAAAUUCCUAAAUUACAACCAAAUACUGCAGUGGAAAUUUGAAUGAGAGAAAAAACGCAGCGACAUCUAUUAAUAAACGAGUAAAGAUUCCUGACAAGUUAACCUUAAAAAACAUGUCCACAAUUUUUAAUAAUUUAAAUAAAUUUACUAUAGCAAACUGCCUUAAGUGCUCAAAUAGGAGUCUUUCUCGUCUCUUCAAGCCCACAAACACAGUACAAUUAAGGAAAUACAGUGAUAAAGUACAUCGACAGCCUGGUAAAGGCAUAGGCCCUGUAUCAUGGAGAAAUUUGGGCAUAACUUCUGUGAUAGGCGCCGGACUUUUGUCCUUUAUGUGGUAUGUGAAAAAAGAAAAAGAAGAUGCAAUAGCCAGAGAGAGGCAAAGGAUGCUGGGCAAAACACAAAUAGGAGGAAAAUUUGAGUUGGUGGACACUGAUAACAAAACCAGGACCAGUGAUGAAUUCCUUGGCCAAUGGCUGUUGAUUUAUUUUGGUUUUACCCACUGUCCAGACAUUUGUCCUGAUGAAUUGGAAAAAAUGGCACAGGUUAUAGACAAUUUGGAUGAAAGUCCAGACACACCAAGGAUACAGCCCAUAUUCAUAUCAGUGGACCCCAACAGAGACACACCAGCUGUUGUGGGGAAGUACUGUAAAGAAUUUAGUCCUAGAUUAUUGGGACUGACUGGGUCAGAAGAACAAGUGGGCAAAGCCUGUAAAGCUUACAGAGUAUAUUUCAGUGCAGGUCCCAAAGAUAAGGAUAGCGAUUACAUUGUGGACCACACAAUAAUUAUGUAUUUAGUCAACCCAGAUGGUGAGUUUGUGGACUACUAUGGCCAGAACAAGAAUUACUCUGAAAUUUCCUCAUCAAUUAAAAUGAAUAUGUUCAAGUAUAAUCAGUUGAAAAAAGGUUCUAGUUGGUUUUCAUAAGUUUGUAAUUAAAGGACAUUAGUAAUUUUAAAUAAACUGUUAUUUAGUGUU